GUCCACGCCUGGGAGAUCUCCGACCAGUUGCUGCAGAUCCGUCAGGAUGUGGAGUCGUGCUACUUCGCGGCGCAGACCAUGAAGAUGAAGAUCCAGACUUCCUUCUACGAGCUCCCCACGGACUCCCACGCUUCCUUACGGGACUCGCUGCUGUCCCACAUCCAGAACUUGAAAGACCUGUCACCGGUCAUCGUGACCCAGCUUGCUUUGGCAAUAGCAGACCUUGCCCUGCAAAUGGCUUCUUGGAAAGGCUGCGUGCAAACGCUGGUUGAAAAGUACAGCAAUGACGUGACAUCCCUGCCCUUCCUGCUGGAAAUCCUCACGGUGCUGCCGGAAGAGGUUCACAGCCGCUCGCUGCGCAUCGGAGCCAACCGCCGUACCGAGAUCAUAGAGGAUCUGGCGUACUACUCCAGCACGGUCAUCUCCCUGCUGAUGACCUGCGUGGAGAAAGCAGGUAACGAUGAGAAGAUGCUCAUCAAAAUCUUCCGGUGCUUGGGGAGCUGGUUCAACCUGGGUGUCCUGGACAGCACCUUCAUGGCAAACAGCAAGUUACUGUCGCUCCUCUUCGAGGUGCUGCAACAAGACAAGACGUCGUCAAACCUCCACGAAGCCGCUUCGGACUGCGUGUGCUCGGCCCUCUACGCCAUCGAGAACGUGGAGACCAACCUUCCCUUGGCCUUGCAGCUUUUCCAAGGCGUCCUUACUCUUGAGAGUGCCUAUCACAUGGCCGUGGCACGCGAGGACCUGGACAAGGUGCUCAAUUACUGCCGCGUUUUCACCGAGCUGUGCGAGACCUUCCUGGAUAAGAUCGUCUGCACGCCGGGCCAAGGGCUCGGGGACCUGCGGACGCUGGAGCUGCUGCUGAUCUGCGCGGGGCACCCGCAGUACGAGGUGGUGGAGAUUUCCUUUAACUUCUGGUACAGACUGGGGGAGCACCUGUACAAGACGGACGACGCGGUCAUCCACAGCAUCUUCAAAGCCUACAUCCAGCGCCUUCUCCACGCCCUGGCCAGGCACUGCCAGCUCGACUCCGACCACGAGGGUGUCCCAGAGGAGACGGAUGACUUCGGGGAGUUCCGGAUGCGGGUCUCGGACCUGGUGAAAGACCUGAUCUUCCUGGUGGGAUCGGUGGAGUGUUUCGCUCAGCUUUAUGCAACGUUGAAGGACGGGAACCCGCCCUGGGAGGUGACGGAAGCCGUCCUCUUCAUCAUGGCCUCCAUAGCAAAGAGCGUUGACCA